AUGGAGGCAAACAGACCCCAAACACCGGAAAUAUCUGCGAAAAUGGUGAAUUCUAAACACAGCUCUCGUCACUCGUCUAAUGUUUUAGAUGAAUAUGAUAUAAUACAUGACGAUGCAGUGAAAACCAACGCUUCUGGAGGAAAAUCAACUACAGGACUCACAGAACCUCCAGAAGUUCCACCAAGACAGAAAGACCCACUUCAAACACACUCCCAGAUCAGCAGUAGAAAUAGACUGUCUAGCUCAGAAAAAUCAUCAACAGAUGUUGACAGUCAUACAAAUAUAUCACGAUGUCCAAAUAUUAACAGCAAAGAAAAAAUAAUAUUCUGUGUAGACAUAAGUCAAGAAAUAGAGGCACCAAGAUUUCGAUCGCGGGUUGGAGAAAAGAAAGAUGCUAAGUCGCUUAUCAGAAGUGGUUUGAAUAUUUUUAUGCAGAGUAAAUUGAGACUUGACAAGAAACAUGAGUUUGCCUUGGUUCUCCUUCAUGAAAAAGCUACUUUGGUAAGAGAUUUCACAAAUGUGCCUAGAGACAUACUGUUAGGCUUUGACGAUGUACAGCAGAUGCGGGUGUGUGAAAUGUGUGAUAUUGAGGACCUCUUUGAUUUUGUACAGAAAUUCAGUCCACCGCCCCCAGUGGAAGAUGACAUUGAGAGGACGAUCCCAGAGUUCACAGUGCGAGUCAUCCUGCUGUACACAAGGUCCAACUGUCCACUCAUGUUUGACAGUAAACAGAGUUUUAAUGAGCUGAAUUCAUCACCAUACUUCUUCAUAGAUGCCCUGUAUUUACAUGAGCCAGUCAGUGAGGAGAAUAAGUGCCAGGAGGUUUUUGACUCCAUUUGUGAUCUGGACCAGAAAGGAUUAUCGUACAUAUUUGGAGCUAGUCGGAAUCUCACCAAGGUGUAUGACACUAUGGGACAAAUGCUUGCACAUCCACUCCAGAGGCCAGUACAGAGUGAAACCAUGUACCGGAUAGGAUCUUCCCUCCCAGUGCCAGAAAAUGGAUGACAUGGCUCACUGACAAGCAUACCGAACAUGUUGUUCAGUGUUGUUUUGUUGAAAAUCAAGUCUUGAAAGUGCUACUUGCAAUUUAAAACAUGUAAUGUCAAACUGUUGAUGGUGAAGAGUGAAUUACCGGUAUGGGUAUUGUUUAACAUAUUAACAUGUGUUUUGAAUGGUGAAAAUUAUGAAGUUUAUUGUUAAAGCCAUAAGAAACAUUGUAACUGUGUAUUGUUUGAAGGUAGCCAUUCAAGUUAUUGUUGAAAAUUGGACAAGUAUUGAAUUUAUGUUUUAUCUAAAGAAAGCCAUACUAUUAUUUCCAAUUAUUGAUUGGAAUAAUGUGUACUUUUGCCUCCAUGUUAAAAAAUGCAUUAUUACAUCGAUGUAUACA